UUCUACCCGGCCAAAAACACCAAAACACCACCCAUUUCGCCACCACCUCCCGAUCGCUCCGUUCCGUCCUCCCAUUCCCCUUCCACUCCACCCCAGCCGCCUCGCCUCGCCUUCUUCUUCCCGAAGCCGCUCAAUCGAACUCCCCUCGCCGAAGCCGACGCGGGGGCGCGACCGCGCGCGCGAGCCCCAUACCACGUACGAUGGAGGCAGCUCUGAAGACGUAUUUCGGCUUCUCGGGGUUCCGUUCGUACCAGCGGGAGAUCAUACAGAAGGUCCUGGAAGGCCGGGAUUGCUUGGUCGUCAUGGCCACCGGCAGCGGCAAGUCGAUCUGUUAUCAAAUCCCACCACUUGUUACAAAGAAGACAGCUGUUGUUGUCAGCCCUCUUCUGUCAUUGAUGCAAGACCAGGUCAUGAGCUUAAAGCAGCAUGGCGUGAAGUCUGAAUACCUUGGCAGCACCCAAACAGACAUCUCUGUUAGCGGUCAGGCUGAAAAAGGCGCAUUCGAUGUUCUGUACAUGACACCAGAGAAAGCUGUCUCACUUCCUUCAAGGUUUUGGAGUAACUUGCAGGCUGCCGGAAUCUGCUUGUUGGCUGUCGAUGAAGCACACUGCAUAUCAGAAUGGGGCCACGAUUUCAGAACGGAGUACAAACAGUUGCAUAUGUUGCGUGACCUUCUAGUGGGUGUUCCCUUUGUCGCUUUAACUGCAACAGCCACACAAAGGGUACGUGGAGACAUUGCCACUUCCUUGACCCUGCGCAUUCCUCACAUUGUGGUAGGAUCAUUUGAUCGUCCUAACCUUUUCUAUGGCGUGAAAUCAUGCAACCGGUCUAUGGCCUUUAUCAAUGAACUUGUGAAGGAUGUCUCAAAGAACUGUACUGUGGGUGGCUCAACAAUAAUAUACUGUACUACCAUCCGAGAGACUGAACAGGUGCAUGAGGCAUUGGUUGCUGCUGGAAUCAAGUCCAGCAUUUACCAUGGUAGAAUGGGAAAUAAAGCUAGAGAGGAAUCACAUAGAUCGUUUGUUAGAGAUGAAGUACUUGUGAUGGUGGCUACCAUUGCUUUUGGAAUGGGAAUCGACAAGCCAGAUGUUAGAUGUGUAAUACAUUAUGGAUGUCCAAAGAGCCUGGAAUCCUACUACCAGGAAAGUGGGCGUUGUGGAAGAGAUGGACUGCCUUCAGUCUGCUGGCUAUAUUACCAAAGAAGUGAUUUUAUGAAAUCUGAUUUCUAUUGUGCUGAAGCUAAAAGUCAAACUCAUCGAAAAGCCAUCAUGGAGUCCUUCAUGGCAGCACAAAAAUAUUGCCUGCUUGCUACAUGUCACAGAAAAUUCUUGCUGCAGUACUUUGGCGAAGACCGCACCACUGACUGUGGUAAUUGUGAAAAUUGCACAAGGACAAAAAACGAGAGGGAUUUGUCAAAAGAAUCCUUCUUGUUGCUGUCCUGCAUUAAGUCCUGUGGUGGACGGUGGGGCCUUAAUUUGCCUAUUGAUGUUCUCCGUGGAUCACGUGUCAAGAAAAUAGUUGAAAACAAUUUUGAUAAACUUCCAUUGCAUGGGCGGGGAAAAGACUAUCCACCAAACUGGUGGAAAGCUCUUGGCGGCCUGCUUUUAGCACAUGAUUAUUUGAAGGAGACUGUCCAUGAUACAUUUAGAUCCAUCAGUGUUAGUCCUAAUGGGUACAAGUUUCUAUCCACUGCUGAUAAAGGGGAUGGAGCAUCGCUGUUUUUACAGCUGACUGCAGAGAUGAUUGAGCUAGAGGGGCAUGGUGGUUCACAGUGUAAAGAAGAGGGCUUAAAUCCUUUGGGCCCAUCAGAAUCUGAAAAAAUUUCUGAGGAUGAAUUGAAAAUCUACCAAGUACUCUUGAAUGUCAGGAUGCAACUUGCACAAGAUAUUGGAACGGCGCCGUACGCUAUAUGUGGUGAUCAGACACUAAGAAACUUUGCGAAGUUCAGGCCUAGCACCAUAGCUAGGUUGGCUAAUAUUGAUGGUGUUAACCAGCACUUCAUCUCGCAUUACGGCAGUAUUUUCAUCCAAAAUAUCACACAAUUGGCAAAAGAAUUGAAUCUUCCUGUGGAUGAUUUAUCGGCUGUAGAAAGUAUACCUGCUGCUCCAAAACCUACACAAAAUAAUCUCCCAAGGAGUUUGGGUGGCGCGAAAUUUUGUUCAUGGGAAUUGUGGCAGAAAAUGAAGUUUUCGUUCCAGAAAGUUGCGCAUUACCGCAGAGCAGUACCAAUAAAAGAGAAAACAGUCAUUUCCUACAUACUUGAUGCUGCUCGAGAUGGAUGUGAGAUGGACUGGAGUAGGUUUUGUGAGGAGGUAGGACUUACACAUGAGAUAGCCUCACAGAUCCGUCUUGCCAUUACAAAGCUUGGAUCACAUGAAAAGUUGAAGCCAAUCAAAGAUGAACUUCCAGAAAAUGUAACUUAUGAGAUGAUCCAGACAUUCUUGGCAAUUGAGGGACUUGGAUUGUCGGAUCAAGUUUUUGGUACUGUUCCUACUGAUGGGAUCCAGUCCAAGACAUCAGAGGCACCAAAGACCACCUCCAAUGGAGGUGAAGUUGGCGCAGAUGUUUGUGAUGCAAGCCCUUUGACAAGGAGAGGCCAAACUGAUGGGUCAUUGAUUUGUGGUGAUGAGCCAGCAAGUAAACUACAAAAGAUAGACGGGCAAGGUGUAAAUUCUACUGCCGCAAUCGGUGCCACAGAGGAUGCAAUACUAGAACUGGUUGAAGGACGCAAUGGGGUUUCGUUGGAGGAUGUUGUCAAGCACUUCAAUGGGUCGAAAAGAGAAUGUGUCGUCGAGAUGUUGGACAAUCUGGAAGGCAAUUUUCUGGUGUACAAGAAGAAUGGCUGCUACAUGAUUAUGUGAAAUUAAAGAUCUGAAGGAAUGUUACCAGUUGGUUGUCAAUGCUAGUAACCCCAUAUCUAGGAACAUAUACGGUCUCAAAUGAUGUAUAUAUAAAAUUUAGUGGUAAUGAGUGUAGGCUUCUUUCCCUCUUUAUCCGUAUGAAAAAUUCACCUGUUCAUCACUAACAACUGAUCUUUAGUUCAUUCAGUUUUUUCUGCUUGUUCAGAGUUUAGAAACUAGUGCCGUUUGGCCUUGAAGGAUCAUCAUAUCCAGUGACCCUGAUUCGUUGUAGAAGAAUCAGAGUCUGCUCCUAGCCUCAAAUAUGAUCAAGUUUUUUU